UCAAAUAAAGUCAAAAAACCAGUGGAAGUUUAAAGAAAACACAAACGCAAGUUGAAAACACGUACAGCAAAAUUCGGUAUCACUGUCCUAAUUUCAUCUCCAAUUUCAUCUUCUUGUUUUUUCACCGCUCUUCUCUUCCAUUUCUUGCCUUCCAUUGUUAUGGCGGACCAUCACCACCCUCACCAACCCUCCAGUUCCGGGGCUCAUUCAGAUUCAGAUCUUAAGGAUAUUGAUCAGGUCUUGGUUGUUCCUGACACUCCUGAUAGGGUGUCUAAACAAACUAAAAAUGUUUCUAAGAUUCCUAAACCUAUGGAGGCUAGCUCAAGGAAUUCUGCAUUGACAAUUAGGGGGAAUAUUGAUAGAAGGAAUCGACGUUUGGGUGAUAUUUACCAUGCUUCUAGAAAUUUUUCUCGUUCUGGGGGUAAUCUUGGUGAUGUUGCUCGAAUUCAGGGUGCAAACAGCUCUUCUGUACCUUCUUCUAGUCUCAGGAAUGCUCCAUUAUCCAGUACAGUAGCCAGCAAGACUUUGAAGCACAACGACAGACAUAAUUGUAACCAUCAGCGCAUGGAGGAUGACAGAGUUUCACAUUCUAGUCUUCCAGGAAUAUCAUCUCACCAUUGCAAAAGAAGUCAGGAUAAGGGAAAGGUGAAGGUUGGUCAUGAUAAUCCUGUCCAUACCAAUGCUUGGUCAUUGAAAGGGGACAAUACUAUUUGCCUUGUUACUUCAGAUCAUGAUACUGGGGAGGGUCUCUCUGUGCCACCUCACUCUUCCAGAGUACCUAGUACAACCAGGCAGAAAAGGUUUGUACGUAAUGGGUGUAUAUCUCCACAUAAUAUAGAAAAAACCAAAAGAUUAGCAGAAACUUCUGGUAAUGGAUCUGAAAAUGCUGAGUGUGCUGCAGAACCUGGUGGUUCUCGUCUUGUAAUUGAUGUUGGUGAAGUACCUUCCAAACAAAAUGCUGCAAGUCAAGCGAAAGGAAAAGGGUUGUUGAUUCCCGAUUCUUCUCCAAAAGGCCAUGCUGUCAGGAGAAGUGAUGGUGGGAAUUUUGUUGAUGGAGGGAGCAAAAGGACUGAGAAGGACUGCAUUAUUGUACAACACACAAGUGGAAACCCAAACAAAUUGGUUUUGGGCAAAAGCACUUCAUCUUGUCCUUCAAAAUCGUCUGAGCAAAAGCCUGUGCUUAGUGAGGGUCAGCUGCACACGCCAAGCUCAGUAGUUAAAAGACAAAGAAAGCAUGACUUGAGUUUAGGAAGCCCAGAAAAACAUGAUGAGGUAAUUUGCUUGAGUUCAGGUGGGGAAUCAUCAACCAGAAAGUCAGUAAGGGAUCAUGGUGGUUUUCCUCAGAGCGAAUCAGGUUCUCUGUUAGCUGUUAAUGGAUUUUCUUCAGAAGUGGGAGAAAGUGUGUCACAAACUGAAAAUGACUCUGAAGCUAGGGCAGUACAACUUCAAGUAGAUGAGAUGAUGGCUCGUGAGCUGCAGGAACAAUUAUAUAAUGAGAUUUCUGAACCUACUAGUGACGAGGAAUUUCAAUUUAUGCUAUGGACAUAUUUGCUACAGAGAUUUUCAUCAGUUGGCUGGGUAUUGCCGCAAGAAGAUCGUGUGCAUCCUGCUUAUUUAAGAGGAAGUCGUCGUGCACAUGCUUCUGUAGCCGCUCCACCAUCAAUUCGACAUCAAGCUUCUCAAUCUCAGUCUUUGCGCAAUCGUUUGUUCCGUCGAGGAGCUCAAGCACGGAGGCCACCGAGGCUAAGGAGUCAUGUGUAUCGCCAUCCUAGAGGAAGAAUGUUCCCUUCAGAUAUGGAUGUCGACAUGAGAGUUGAUUUACUAGAAAGAUUGGAAGCUGUGGUCAAUGAUGAUAUCAGAAUGGUCAAUCAACUCCUUGAUCCUGAUCGUGAAUUUGGAGAAGAUGAUUAUGAAAUGUUAUUGGCUCUUGAUGAGAACAAUCAUGCACAUCUUGGCGCUUCAGUUGCUCAAAUAGGGAACCUUCCAGAGUCCAUAGUACAUAAUGAUGAUUGCGAAGUAUGUUCAAUUUGUCUCGAGACCCCGGUUAUCGGCGACGCCAUGCGCCAUCUGCCUUGCUUGCACAAAUUUCACAAAGAUUGUAUUGAUCCAUGGCUGAGUAGAAGAAGAUCAUGUCCAGUUUGCAAGUCAGAUAUAUGAUUUAUCUUUUUAUCCUGUUUGAUUGGUCCAUCUUUUAUGCAUCGCCAACCCGCAGGCAAUCUCAUCAUGACCAUGAAGAAGCUUGGUGUUUUUGAGCCUUUGAGGCAGAGACAAGAUCCCGUCUUCUACUUGUUCGAGUUCUUGUUGAUCGAGUAUAGCAAAGUUCACUGAAAAGCUGUAAGGCUCUACUUAUGGAUCGCUUAUAGUAUUGUGCUGUUAGUUUUUGUGCCUUAACCGAUAUGAAGCUGAUACGAGCUUCAACUGUUAGAAAAGUUCGCCCAGAGGUCCGUAUUUUAUUGGGCUUUUUGAUACUGCCACAGCUUCUUUGUAUAGCUUUCAAGAAGCUGAGGGUGAUAUUUUAAGCUCCUGGCUCAGCCAUCACUUCUUCCUGUUGAGAUCUUUUGAAAAAUUGGACCUAUUUUGGUCAAUUAAUUGAUUUGAUAGCUAAAUUUGGAAAAUUAAUUAUCUUCCUGGUUUCUAUGAUUAUUAACAUUUUUCA